UAGAGUAAACAUAAAGCAAGGCAUUUUCAGUUUCACCGUUGCUUGCAGCUAACCCAACUCCACCGCGGUGCCCAAUUUUAAACUUCCGAGUCUGCAAAUCCAAAACCUAAGCUCAGAAUCGGCUAACUUAAAGCCCAGAUUAUAAUCCCUCUCAUUCGUUAAAGAAGCCAUUUUCAUGGCUUAGAUCGCUCAACCUCCUUUCACUGUGAUGAUUGAAUGGAUAUGCAAGGGAGAGAGCUGGUGGUGAUGAUGGGAGGCAACUGGCCAAAGUAAGUUAUUUGCUGUCAUUUCUUUAAUUUCCGUUCUAAUUUGUAUUUUUGUUGAUUUGCUGGUGUCAAGUAGAUACGAUGACUCAAAUCAAUAAACUACUAUCUCUUUUUGUGAGGGUUUAAUCAAAUAAUAUGAUGCUGUUUGAACCUUUUCGCCUUCAAAUAAUACUUCAAGUCAAAAUCCAUUCUAUUCCAUUGACUAGAAGCUUACCCGAAAUCCCAUUUGGUCCAUUCAAUUCAUUUGUCCAAAAAAGAUGGAGAAAACCUGCAGAUACCGCCCAAACCCGCUUGGAGAACCGAACAAGAGACUCUAAACUAGACAAACUCACUACUGACCUCAAGAAACUCAAAAACAUAAUCAAAAUACACGCACUAAUGUCCAGCAGAAAACGCGGCCCUUAUGUCUCCAUACAAUUGAUGUCCCGAUGGAAAAACAUUAUCGGAUUGAACUUGAGUGUGGGUGCAUUUGUCCAGAAAUACCCUCACGUGUUUGAGGUAUUUAAGCACCCUGUUAGGAGAAAUCUAUGUUGUAGAAUCGCAAAGAAACUGAGUGAUUUGAUUAGUGAAGAAGAGAAUAUUAUUAAGGACUGUGAAUUGGAAUCCGUGAGGAGAGUAAAGAAGUUGUUGUUGAUGUCCAGAAGUGGGAUUCUUCACGUUCAUGCUUUGGGGUUGAUUAGGAGAGAAUUGGGUUUGCCAGAAGAUUUUAGGGACUCAAUUUUACGCAAGUAUAAAGAUCAUUUUAGGUUAGUUGAUUUGGAAACUGUGGAACUAGUGAACCGAGCUGAGGAUUUGGGAAUAGCUGAAAUUGAAAAAUGGAGAGAGAAGGAAUAUAAGGAGAAGUGGUUGAGUGAGUUUGAGAUUAAAUUUGCCUUUCCCAUUAAUUUUCCCACUGGGUUUAAGAUUGAGGGAGGGUUGAGAGAGAAAAUGAAGAAUUGGCAAAGGCUUCCUUAUUUGAAACCCUAUGAGACAAAGGAGGCUGUUAAGGUGCGUUCUUGUGGAGGGGUAGAGCGGUAUGAGAAGCAGGCAAUUGCAAUAAUUCAUGAGUUCUUGAGCUUAACUGUGGAGAAGAUGGUUGAGGUUGAACGAUUGGCACAUUUUAGAAAGGAUUUUGGUAUGUUAGUAAAUGUGAGAGAAUUGCUUUUGAAACAUCCUGGGAUUUUCUACAUAUCAACAAAGGGAGGUGCACAUACUUUGUUUCUUAGAGAAGCAUAUGUCAAAGGGUGUUUGAUAUCACCAAACUCUAUUUCUAUUGUUCGGAGGAAAAUGUUAGACCUUGUCUUACUUGGUUCUCGAAAUACAAGAGAGUUGCAACCUCAAGAGGAAGUGAAGAAGGAAAGUAACACUUUGGUUUCUUUAGCACAUGAUGGAGGUACAGCAAGUGGAAAUUGGAUUAUCCCAAUUCUUGAGAGUUUAGACAGUGGAAGUGACAAUGAUAUAAUUGCUACAGCUGAGGAAGGUUUUGAUGGAUAAUAUGAGAAUGGAAAUAGGAAAAGUGACACAAGUGUUGGCGGAUAAUAUGAGGGAAGCAUAUGAUGGACUUACAUUUACUCAUUCAACUCUGGUCACAUUAUUAAACUCUUUGAACAUUGGAAGGUUGCUGAAGGGAUGGUCUGAUUAAGUUGUCAUUACUACAUCUUGUCAUGGAAAUAUCAAGAUUUUGUGAGUUGCCUAUACACCCUAACUUUUUCUUUAUGCUUUUUUUUUUUUUUUUUUUUUUUUUUUUUUUUUUAUGUUUUACAACUUUUGUGUCGGCAUGGUGAGAGGGAUUUUUGUUAGAUUUUACAUUGUACUGAACUUUCCAAUAAUUUCACUCUUGCUGAUUUUGUCAGCUCAAUACUUUCGAUUCUUCUACUUGGGAAUAGCGUCAACAUUACUUGUUGCAUGACAAUAACUUGUACCUUAGUGUGAGUUUCCUGUUUGUAAAAGAUAAUUCACAUUUCACUUAAACGAAUAGCAUAACAUUAGGAAUGAUUAUUUAGACUCUUGUUGAUGGAUGUGUUAAUGUCAAAUUCUAAUUGUUGCUGAAAGAAUGAAUUUGUUUGCUGGUAAUUCUAGAAAUAUUUUCAUAUUUUUGGUGCUGAAGAAAAAUAAUCUGGCUUAUUUUGUGGUUAUAUAUUUUCAGAUUUUUGUUGGAUUAUCUUUCUGGUUAACAGAUUGGUUCAUUCGUUCUUUUACCUUCGGUCUAUCAUGGUCUUGAAUUUUUGUUGAACCUUCAUCUGUUUCCUCGAGUUCAAGCUAAUCUCCUUUGCUUCAAUUCCUUUCUUGUCUUCUGGAUUGGUUACUUUGCUGGAGCUAAUCUCCUUUGCUUCAAUUCCUUUCUUGUCUUCUGGAUUGGUUACUUUGCUGGAGUUACGUAGUUUUGUUUUGUGCUUAAAGUUUGCUUCUCUACUUCUCACCAAAAGAUAUAUCAAUCCUUUUGUGUAUGGGUGGUGCUAUUGCCACAGUCUAGUUAAUGAAUAUAUUUAUUUAUUUUUACCAUUUCUGGUAGAAAAAAAAAAGGAAGGGAAAGCCUUUUUCUUUUACGGAACAGAUGUUGAUCAACCAUUGAUGUAAUAACCAAGAGGUCUGGGUUUAGAUUUAAGAAGAUUGGAAAGGAGAGGCCUGGACAAUGAGAUACAUAAAUUGAAAGAGUUGGGAAUCUAUUUACUUGUUUUCUGUUUAAAUUUCGUUGAACUGUAAAAUGGCUGUCUUUGCUGUUUCUCGACAGCUAGGAUUUUAUCCAUUUGUUCUGUUGAAACAUUAUCCAGGGUAUGAAGUUCCAAAUUUUAGGAAUGAUGGAUUUGAUUUUUGCA